AAAAAAAAGAAGAUGAAAUUGUGCUGGUUGAGGAAGAGGGGGAGGAGUUGUUGGGAGAGAGGGGGAGUGGGUCAAUCCCCAUGGCCAGCAACAACCCUUCCUCAUCCUCAACUCUCCGCUUCCUCGGAUUCAUCAAACAACCAGAAUCCGCCCCCACCCCUAACCCGGACCCGCUUGAGCUCCACGAGAGUGACGUUGUCUGGUCCUUUGCCGUCUCCUCUGACCCCUCUUCCUACUCAAACAACCCGUCCCCGUCUCCGCCGUCCGACCGCCACCGCUUCAAUCCGGCGAAAUCCGGUCUCGCGGAUGCCCUCUCCGAUGACGUCCAUCACCUCAUCCGCCGGAAGUCCAGCCUCAACCCUAAGAUAAUUCCGUCGGCGACGCGGCAGGAGGAUAUUCUGGCGAAGUUUAACCAUUCGGCUCCUGUGAACAUCCCUUUGUGGCCGAAGGAAUUUCGCGGGAGAUAUAAAAAUGACAACUUGGGGAGGUUUGAUGAGGCGGAGGAUGAUCAUGAGGUUGAAGGGGAAGAAGAGAUGGUGCCGCCACACGUGAUUGUUGCCAGGUCGCACGUCACGUUCUCGGUGUUUGAAGGAGCAGGGAGGACGCUGAAGGGCCGGGAUUUGCGCCGCGUCCGCAACGCCGUGUUUCAGAAAACAGGUUUCAUUGAUUGAAAUCAGACAAAAAAAGAAAAAUCAUAACUACGAUUUUGAUGACAAAUCUCUGUUGUAACUUUGAGUAAUUUUCCUCUUUUGUCCUGUUUCUCUGUGAGUCUUGUUUAGCAAUGGAGUACCAUUUUAGCACUGUACUGAUCUAUAUAUGGUGUUGAAAAUUUCAGAGUUAACUAUGAUUGUUCUGA